UACGCGCACAGUGCAUGUUGUCGCAUCGACCAACGCUGACGCCAACCACCGCCGGAGCUCCCACCACCACCACGACGGCCAUUCAUUCAACGAUAGAGCAAUUUCCGAGGUGACAUCCAUGGUCAGCGACGGAUAGCGGCAGUCGACUAGCCCUUGCGGGGCCGCUGCGGAAUGCCAGAGAAUGGCAUCAAGUGCUACAAUCAAGGCCAUCGAGUCCAGUACAGUCCAUCAAAUACAAUCCGGCCAAGUUAUUGUCGACCUCUGCUCUGUGGCAAAAGAGCUAGUUGAAAAUAGUAUCGAUGCUGGAGCGACCGCCAUCGAGGUCCGCUUCAAAAACCAGGGGCUGGACUCGAUCGAAGUUCAGGACAAUGGCUCCGGUAUUGCGCCGCACAACUAUGAAUCCGUCGCCCUGAAGCACUACACGUCCAAGCUCUCAAGCUACGAUGACCUGUCCGAGUUGCAGACCUUCGGCUUCAGAGGGGAGGCGUUGUCCUCGCUCUGCGCCCUGUCCCGGUUCGCAGUGGUGACAUGCACGCAGCAAGACGUGCCGCGUGCGACCAGGCUAGAGUUUGAAACCUCUGGCAAGCUCAAGAGCACCAGCGUCGUCUCCGGCCAGAGAGGCACCACCGUGAUUGUCGAGGACCUCUUCCGCAGCUUGCCUGUCCGUCGCCGCGAACUGGAACGUAAUAUCAAGAGGGAAUGGGGCAAGGUGAUCAGCCUCCUCAACCAAUAUGCCUGCGUGCAGACUGGCGUCAAGUUCACCGUUUCGCAGCAGCCCACCAAGGGCAAGCGCAUGAUCUUGUUCUCGACCAAGGGGAAUUCCACAACACGCGAGAACAUUAUCAACGUCUUCGGUGUAAAGACCAUGAAUGCGUUGAUACCGAUGGACCUCAAGCUUGAACUGAUCCCAACUGCCGGGCCUCUCAUCAAGGGCAAGACGCGGGGCGGCGACGGCGGUUCCACCGAGGUUCGUGUGUUAGGGCACGUGUCGCGGCCUAACCACGGCGAGGGCCGCCAGACACCGGACAGGCAGAUGUUUUAUGUUAACGGGCGACCUUGCGGAUUGCCUCAGUUUGCCAAGGUGUUCAACGAGGUCUACCGAUUAUACAACGCAUCCCAGUCGCCCUUCAUUUUUGCAGAUAUUCAAUUGGACACCCAUCUUUACGAUGUGAACGUCAGCCCGGACAAGAGGACCAUCCUGCUGCAUGAUCAAGGCCAGAUGCUUGACAACCUCCGGGAGUCCCUGAUCGAGCUAUUCGAGACACAAGACGUCACUAUUCCCGUGUCCCAGUCACAGGGAUUGAAGCAAACAUCUUUCAAAACAGCAAGCGGCCGGCCAUGGACGCCCGCCUCGGCUCGGGUCGGCAAGAGGGACGCUGCUGUGGAACCGCAACGAUCGGCCGAGCCGACCUCCCCGAUACACUCUGGUCAACUAGCGGAAAGGGGAGAAGAUGAAGAAAAAGAGCUCAAUGACGCUCAGGACGAUGCCCAAAGUACAACCCAGCCAGAAGUGGACGACGAGUCGCGGGCUGGGAAGCAAGCGUCCCCGAAGUCGGCGGGUUCGAAGAAAACUGUGACGCUGUUGUCUCGCUGGCUUGCAAAAGGAGCCGAUGAUGAUCGGGAGCCUGUUGACCAGGUCACCAGAGCUCAAGGACAAGCAGAUGCUGUUUCAAACAACCAUACGGAUCCCAAAUCUACCAUUUUAUCGGCUGAUCAUUCCCCGAGGGGCUCUGCGGCCGAAGAACGAACGCCCGAAGCGGCCGAGAUAGAUGAAUCUCGCAGGCGGCACCAGGUCCAGUCUCAACGCGCCGCUCGCCGUUCUCCGACGUCGACUGACGUGAUGAGUCCGGGGGAGGAGACACAAUCUCGAGGGCCAAGCGGGGAACCCGAGCGGCCAGUGGCCGCCAUCGUCCCUCCGUCUCAAUCACCUGCACCGAGAGCAGUCGCUGUGAGUACAGCCCGGCCAUUUAAGCGUUCUAGCCAAGAGGUGGCCACCAUCACGAUCGGAGACCACACGGUGACGAGCCUGAUUGGAAACCCCACAAAACGGACCAAGGUGGCCGAAGCGCCCAAACUCCCCAAGGUAACGGCGACUGGGAAAACGGGAAAGCGGAGCGCGGCGGCUUUGCCCACUUUUGGUGGACGGUUGUCGCAGUUGUUUUCUGCUUCGGCUCGGCCCGGCGAUGGACCCGUGGAAGGAGUUGAAAUCGUGGCUCAAGAUUCAGAUGAGGACAUGCAAGAAUCUGGAGGGGAGGUCGAGAGAGAGGAGGACGGAGACGGUGAAGAAGAGGAAGGAGAUUCCCUCUUUGUGCCCCAGUCAGAGGUUGCGCAAAGCGAGAUGGAGAAGGUGGAGGAUGAAGAGGUCGAUCUCCCAUGCCCUGGACAAGCCGAGGACACGGCUUUUCCCAGCAACGCCGAUGUUCCCAUGGAGUCUGUCGAGGAUUUAGUAGCUCGCCGCGACGAUGACUCGACGGACGACCAUGGUCAUUCAGGUGAAGAGGAACAGAAAGUUCUGGAUGGGAAACGCCAGCGGUUGAUGGAAGCGGCCGCGGCUGCUUCCGAGAGCACAGGAGAGGGCGAGAUGCGAUCUCAGCUGUUUGUCAAGGGGCGGUCGAAACGAAAGGACGCGACUCUCAACCUGGUGCAGCAGGUGAAAACGAGCGCGGAUGCUAUCCAAAAAAGGAUCGCAGCGCUCACACGCCACUUGCCCCCGCCUCGGCCGAGGGCCUCCCCAGCCGAAAGCGCCGACGGUCUAGAAGCGGAGGAUGCGGAGGAAAAGCUGUCGCUAAAGAUAUGCAAAUCCGAUUUUGGGAGGAUGCGCAUCGUCGGGCAGUUCAACCUCGGCUUCAUCCUUGCUGUGCGCGAAGCCGCAUCUUUGGAGGAGGAUCGGUCCGAAGGCGCAGACGACGAGCUUUUCAUCAUUGACCAGCACGCCUCGGACGAGAAGUACAACUUUGAGCGGCUCCAGGCAACCACAACGGUGCAGUCCCAGCGCCUGGUCCAGCCCAAGACCCUGGACCUGACGGCGCUCGAAGAAGAGAUCGUCCUCGAGCACCUCCCCGACCUCGAGCGCAACGGGUUCCUGGCGCAGGUCGACACGUCGGGCGCCAAGCCUGUCGGGUCGCGGGUGCAGCUGCUGAGCCUGCCGCUCAGCCGGGAGACCACCUUCUCGCUGGCGGACUUGGAGGAACUCCUCUUCCUGUUGGCGGACAACCCGACGUCGAGCGCGAGCACGGUGCCGCGGCCGAGCAAGGUGCGCAAGAUGUUUGCCAUGCGGGCGUGCCGGAGCAGUAUCAUGAUCGGCAAGGCGCUGUCACGGCGGCAGAUGGAGACGGUGGUGCGGCACAUGGGGGAGAUGGAGAAGCCGUGGAACUGCCCGCACGGGCGGCCGACCAUGAGGCAUCUCUGUGGGCUCGGAGCAUGGGACGGGAAGGGGUGGGUCGAAGAAGAGGAGCGGCGAACAGACUGGGCCGGGUGGGUGAGGGAGAAGAGAGAGGAGCAGGAUGAGUAGUAGUAGGGCACCUCGCACCCCGCACCCCGGGAUCUGCUAGCAUGCAUAUGUUGCCUUGCUCGGUUCUCCCUUAGAAAGAUGUACUUGGGUAACCCUGCAAUCUCAGGGGAGUGGCUGAACAUGACAAAGUCUUUUUUUUUUUUUUUUUUUUUUUUU